CGCAUACAGACACACACUCUCUCACCAUCACAUUUAUAUAAAUAAUUCCAAACAUUAUCACCACCUCCUCACAACUCUUCACUCCCAACCUUCCAAUCUCUCUCUGUCCUUUCUCUCUCUAGAUCGAAUCUGUAAUAUUCGUCCUCCAUUUUCUCUAUCUAUCUCUGUAGAUCGGUGCUCUGUAUUAGUCUCCAAUGGCUACUGCUACUCUGAGCCCUGCGGAUACCGAGAAGCUGUCUAAGCUUCAAUCUGCUGUCGCUGGCCUCAACCAAAUCAGCGAGAAUGAGAAAUCUGGAUUCAUUAACCUCGUCUCUCGCUAUCUCAGUGGCGAAGCGCAACAUGUCGACUGGAGUAAAAUCCAAACCCCUACUGAUAAGAUUGUCGUUCCUUAUGACACUUUAGCACCGACACCGGAAGAUCCUGCCGAAACCAAGAAGCUUUUGGACAAACUUGUGGUGUUAAAGCUUAAUGGAGGAUUGGGGACAACUAUGGGCUGUACUGGUCCUAAGUCCGUUAUCGAAGUCCGUAAUGGUUUGACAUUCCUGGACUUGAUUGUCAUCCAAAUUGAGUCACUCAAUUCCAAGUAUGGAUGCAAUGUUCCUCUGCUUCUAAUGAACUCAUUCAACACGCACGAUGAUACACAGAAGAUUGUGGAAAAAUAUACCAAAUCAAACAUUCAGAUUCAUACAUUUAAUCAGAGUCAGUACCCUCGUUUGGUUGUUGAAGAUUUUAUGCCUUGGCCGUGCAAAGGAAAUACUACCAAGGAUGGAUGGUAUCCUCCUGGACAUGGUGAUGUGUUCCCAUCCUUGAUGAAUAGUGGCAAGCUCGAUGCAUUAUUAUCACAGGGCAAGGAAUACAUCUUUGUUGCCAACUCAGAUAACUUGGGUGCUAUCGUUGAUUUAAAAAUUUUAAACCAUUUGAUUCAGAACAAGAACGAGUACUGUAUGGAGGUUACACCAAAGACAUUGGCUGAUGUGAAAGGUGGCACUCUGAUUUCUUAUGAUGGGAAGGUUCAGCUCCUAGAAAUUGCACAAGUUCCUGAUGAACACGUCAAUGAAUUCAAGUCAAUAGAGAAGUUCAAAAUUUUCAACACCAACAACUUGUGGGUGAACCUGAAGGCAAUUAAAAGACUUGUAGAAGCAAAUGCACUCAAGAUGGAGAUUAUUCCAAACCCCAAGGAAGUGGAUGGGGUCAAAGUUCUUCAGCUGGAAACAGCAGCUGGUGCUGCAAUUAAGUUUUUCGAUAAUGCUAUUGGUAUCAAUGUUCCUCGAUCACGUUUUCUUCCCGUGAAAGCAUCCUCAGAUUUGCUUCUUGUCCAGUCUGAUCUUUACACCUUAGAAGAUGGCUUUGUGAACCGAAAUAAAGCAAGGACAAAUCCUGAAAAUCCUACCAUCGAAUUGGGACCUGAGUUUAAAAAGGUUGCUAACUUCUUAAGCCGUUUCAAGACCAUCCCCAGUAUUAUUGAGCUUGAUAGCUUGAAGGUGACUGGUGAUGUCUAUUUUGGAGCCAACAUUGUUCUCAAGGGGAAAGUGGUGGUUAAUGCCAAAUCUGGAGUUAAACUGGAGAUCCCUGAUGGAGCUGUACUCGCGAACAAGGAAAUUAAUGGCCCGGAGGAUAUUUGAGAAAGUUGCUCACUUCAACUACCGGUGGAGAGGCUACCAGUAGUAGUCUUUUGAGUACUGUUUUGGUUGUAAUGUCCAUGUAAGGUUUGAUAUAGAAAAUAAAUGAACCAUUUCUGUUUGAAGCCAAUGGCAAUUAGAACGUUUGCGGAUUAACACAGACUUUUUAUUAUCAA